AUGGCUGGUUCUGAAUUGUCAACUCCCAAAGUUAUAGUUCAUUUCAUUCGUGCUGGACAUUGUUUAAGUAUAUCCUACCAAAAAGCGUGGUGUGCUCGUGAGGCUGUGUUGAAUGAUAUCCGCAAAUCUUCGGUGGAGUCGUACAAGAUGUUACCCAGAUUUGCAUACAUUUUGGAACUCAACAACCCAAGUUCUGUUGUUGAAUACAAAGUUGAUGUCGAUAGUAGAUUUCAUUACUUCUUCAUGAUAUUAUCUGUUUUCACUUCUGGUUGGCAACACUGUCGUCCAGUGAUUUCUAUUGAUGGAACAAGUAUGGAGAAUAAGUACGGUGGUACUUUGUUAUCUGCUUCAACAUCUAAUGUCAAUGAUCAGAUUUUUCACCUAGCAUUUUGUGUUGUGGAUUAUGAGAAUGAUUCCUCAUGGACUUGGUUUUGCAACCAAUUAAAGAGAAUUAUAGAUGGCCGGAAUGAGGUUGUCAUGGUAUUUGAUAGGCAUAAAAGUAUAUGCAAAGCUAUAGAGUUAGUAUUUCCCAACGUUUUACAUUGCAUGUGCCUUGUUCAUUUACUUAGGAACCUCAAGUUGAAGUAUAAGAGAAUAGUAGAUAUCGUAUUUCAUGCAUGUGGGAAGAUAUUUAAUAUUGUAGACUUUGAACAUGAAAUGCGUUUGUUGGAAUCUUCUGCCCCUGGUAUACGUUAG